GUGCGCACAAAAAUGCGCAUGCGCCAUUUUUCUUCUACGGUUCUCUCGUGUUGAGAUUAUUAUUGAGAAGCUAACUAGCUACAAUGUCUGAUAAAAAACAAACUGUAGAUUUGGGCUUGUUGGAAGAAGAUGACGAAUUCGAAGAAUUUCCAGCCGAAGAUUGGACAGGCCUGGAUGAAGAUGAGGACGCUCAUGUGUGGGAAGAUAACUGGGACGACGAUAACGUAGAAGAUGACUUCUCCAAACAGUUGAGAGCUGAACUAGAGAAGCAUGGAUACAAGAUGGAGACGUCGUAACAUUGACCCUCACAUAAAAGGCUAAUGACUGGUUAAUCUGACCUGAACAUAGUCAUAUUCUUCUUGUAAGGAGUCAGGAGUGACGAGUGUUACCAUUGUGAGGAUCCUGGAGUUGAAUGAUUGUGUAUGCGCGUGUGACACAAGAAACUAUUUGUAUGUGUUAAUAUUUGUUUUAUUAAAGCUUUUCUCUUCCUA